UCACUACAGGAUGACCCCAGCAUGGAGAGACUGUUUAGAGGACACAAAGAUGCCGUCACUUGCGUGCAUUUCAGUCCGAACUCUAAAAUGCUGGCAUCGGGCUCCAUGGAUCGCAGCCUGAUGGUCUGGAACCUGUCAUCUAAGGGGAGGUGCUUGCACUUUGUCAACCAUCAGGAUGUCGUCACAGGUGUGCAGUUCUGCCCCCUUGGUAACCUGGUGGCGACUUCGUCUAAGGACAAGAUGGUCAGACUGUGGAAACCAUCCUUAAAAGGUGAGUCGACAGUGUUCAAGGCUCACAUAGCACCAGUGCGCAGUGUGGCGUUCUCCUAUGACGGCACGAGGCUGGUGACAGCCUCCGACGACAAGUCAGUGAAGGUUUGGAGCGUCAGCCGGCGAUGCUUCGUCUACUCGCUCAACCAGCACACCAACUGGGUACGCUGUGCUAGGUUUUCACGAGACAAUCGCCUUUUAGUGUCCUGUGGGGAUGACCGCACCGUCAGGCUGUGGGACACAUCCAGCAAAAACUGCAUCAACUGUUUCACUGACUGCUGCGGAUCCGCAACCUAUGUGGACUUCAACUCGAGAGGCACAUGUAUAGCAUCCUCAGGGGCGGAUAGCACCCUUAAAAUCUGGGACAUACGCACCAAUAAGAUCAUCCAGCAAUAUCAAGUUCACAAAGCAAGCGUCAACAGCUUCUCUUUCCACCCGUCCGAUAACUAUUUGAUCAGUGGCUCCAGCGAUGGCACUAUCAAAAUCCUAGACCUGCUGGAGGGACGUCUCAUCUACACGCUACAUGGACACAAGGGUGCCGUCCUCACUGUGGCCUUUUCCAUCUCUGGAGAGCUUUUUGCUUCGGGGGGUGCCGAUUUCCAGGUGAUGUUGUGGAAGACCAAUUUUGGCGCCAAACCGUACAGGGAAGUUCUGGAGUCACAAAGCCAGCGGACAGCGCCUAGACAGCAGCACCCUCACCUGACGGACCCCCAUAAAAAUAAUGUGUCUAUGAAUUGAAUUUUUGUGCGUUUAUUACAGGUCAGUCCAUGGGUGACAGACACACACUCACAGAAGCCAGAAAUCAUCGAGCUACAAGCAGCUAGUCACCAAAACCCUGAGAUGCAGAAAACAUUUGUGGAGGUGGUCUGUCUGACCACUGAACCAGUCGUUGCAGAGAACGUGUGA